AUGAAGUCCGGUGAUACAAAGGGGAAGAAAGUAGCCAUUGUCGGAGGCGGUCUGGUGGGUGCAUUAAAUGCCCGUUUCUUUGCUAGACGAGGUUUCCAUGUUGAUGUUUAUGAAGCCAGAGAAGAUAUCCGGGUUGCAAGUUUUACCCGUGGCAGAAGCAUUAACUUGGCGCUCUCCCACAGAGGACGCCAGGCCCUCAAAGCUGUAGGGAUGGAAGAUCAGAUUGUGUCCAAAGGCAUUCCUAUGUGGGCAAGAAGGAUACAUACACCUACAGGGAAAAAAUAUUCAAUCCCCUAUGGAAAGAAGAACCAGUACAUUCUCUCUGUGGACAGAGCAAAUCUAAACAGAGAGCUGUUAACAGCUGCAGAGAAAUACUCCAACACUAAACUGUACUUUGGACACAAACUCCUGGAGUGCAAUGCAGAGUUAGGGACAUUGACCAUUAAAAGUUCUGACCAGCCACCCAUGGAAGUCACUUAUGAUCUCAUUGUGGGAUGCGAUGGAGCCUUCUCAACCGUCAGAAAGCAGUUCAUGAGGCAAACGCGCUUUAACUACAGUCAGGAAUACAUCCCUCAUGGCUAUAUGGAGCUGACCAUCCCCUCCAAGGAUGGAGAUUUUGCCAUGGAACCAAACUACCUCCAUAUCUGGCCAAGAAACACCUUCAUGAUGAUUGCACUGCCUAAUAUGGACAAGUCCUUCACCUGCACUCUCUUCAUGCCCUUUGAAGAAUUUGAGAACCUCACAACUGGCGAGCAAGUACUGGAUUUUUUCCAGACCUACUUUCCAGAUUCAAUUCCCCUCAUUGGAGAGCGAGAGCUGAAGCGUGAUUACUUUUUGCUGCCAGCCCAGGCCAUGAUAUCUGUGAAGUGUUCUUCCUACCACAUUGCUUCCCGGUGUGUGUUAAUGGGAGAUGCUGCGCAUGCGAUUGUGCCCUUCUAUGGGCAAGGCAUGAAUGCGGGCUUUGAGGAUUGUUUGGUUUUUGAUGAGUUAAUGGAUCAGUUCCACAAUGACUUUGGUAUUUGCCUUCCCGAGUUCUCCAGGCUGAGGGUACCAGAUGACCAUGCGAUCUCAGAUUUAGCCAUGUACAACUAUGUAGAGAUGCGAGAGCAUGUGAAUUCAAUGUGGUUCAUUUUCCGAAAGCACGUAGACAACUUCCUCCACACCCUCAUGCCUUCCACUAUCGUCCCGCUGUACACCAUGGUCACAUUCACCAGAAUUCGCUACCAUGAAGCAUUGCAGCGCUGGAAGUGGCAGAAGAAGGUAAUUAAUCGAGGGCUCUUUGUCAUGGGGGCAGCAGGACUGGGUGGCAUGUACCUGCUAAUAAAGCGGCUGGCACGGGAUACUGACUUCUGCGUGGAAAACCUGUGGGGCUGGUCCUAUUAUCUCAAGAAUAUUGGAAAAUUUUCCUUCAACACACAAGUGGCUUAAAUGUAAGGGGAGCUCCUACAUGGAAUAAAGUGACGGCACGGGCUGUUGGCUCACUUCAGUGAUGUUUCU